AUGGCUGCUGCACGUAAUGUUCUGCGCUCCGCGAAGCCAAGCUCGGUGUCUGCCGCGUUGAUGACGUCGGCGCGCCGUGCUGUGGCGACGCGUGCCUUUUCCACUUCGCUGGUUUCGCGUGAAAAGGGCGAUAAGGUGAUGAUGGAGUCGCCCUACGUGGAGCGUGCUAACCUUAACCCUAUGGAUGCUCUGUCGGCAAUGCAGGGCCCUUUGCACGACUAUGGUAGCUGGAUUAUGUCUGCGCUACCCCGCUACAUCCAGCAGUUCACUGUGUACAAGGAUGAGCUCACCUUCUACGUUGCCCCUUCGGGUCUGAUUCCCACGAUGACGUUCUUGCGUGACCAUACCCUUACGCAGUACAAGGCUCUGAUGGAUAUCUCGGGUGCUGACUACCCAACUCGUUCGCAGCGCUUCGAGGUAGCGUACCACCUGCUGAGUGUGCGCAACAACGCCCGUAUUCGUGUGAAGACGUAUGCUGAUGAACUUACACCAGUGCCCACGGUUACUGGUCUGUUCCGCAGCGCCGACUGGUUCGAGCGUGAGGCCUGGGAUAUGUUUGGUAUCUUCUUUGUUGGCCACCCUGACUUGCGACGUAUCUUGACUGACUAUGGUUUCGAAGGCCACCCCCUGCGCAAGGACUUCCCGCUUACUGGUUACUCGGAAGUGCGUUGGGAUGAAGAGAAGAAGCGUGUGGUGCAGGAGCCUGUGCAGCUCAUGCAGGCCCACCGCAACUUUGAAGCCAACUCGACGUGGGAGCAGGUCGGCGAUGGUGUCUCGUAUCAGCCGAACGAGUACAAGCUUACGCCUCCGAAGCCUGUGGAAGAGAACAAGGAGAAGAAGUAG